GUAACCUCUUCUGGUCUCAAGUGUAUGAGGGUAGAGAAAGGAAAUGUAUUGGAAUGAUACCCGUCUCAACUUGGAGUCGUCGUUUCGCCGCAACGUUGCUUCUCAGACAUAGAGUCAGGACACCUGAAUUUCGUCUACCUCUCAUGGCAUACUCCGUAUCCGUGAUUCCACUUGGGUUUGGGUUGCUUUUAUAUUCGGCGGAGGAAACUGUCGUUUGAAUGGUUCCAAUUACCGGCAUAAGUAUCGUUGGCGUUGGUGUCAUAAAUGCCUUUAAGCCCCCUUGCGUCAUACCUCGUUGACGCAAUCAGCACACACGUCGCCUCCGC